AUGUGCCAACAAACAAGCGAACCAUUGCUGGAGUACUGCGAUAAAAAUGUAUUAUGGAAAGGUGGCACAGGAGUUGAAUGCAUCUGUCAAACGGACUACUGCAAUGGUGCUUCCGAUGCGACGUGCUUCAUCACGUCCAUUCCGAUCAAUCGUGAACGGUAUUGGUGUAACGACAACAUUCCCAAAAAUCGUUUCAUUGUCCUCUUCCCCUUCCUCCACAGGGUCAUUAGCAACGAUCGUGUAUACCUGCGUCAUCAUAUCCAUCAUCCCACGCAACUGGAAUUCAACUCAUUACACAGCAUGUAA